AUGUGGGCCGCUGGCCACGUGCGGCUUCGCAGCAUCUCGGCGGCGACUUCCGCCAUCUGGGGCCGCUGCCUGAGGCAGGGGGCGGCCAUGGCCAAGAGCAAAUUCGAGUACGUGCGGGACUUCGAGGCCGACGACACCUGCUUGCCCCACUGCUGGGUGGUGGUGCGGCUGGACGGCAGAAACUUCCACCGGUUUGCUGAGAAGCACAAUUUUGCGAAGCCUAAUGAUAGCCGAGCUCUCUAUCUAAUGACCAAGUGUGCCCAGACUGUAAUGGAGGAACUGGAGGAUAUUGUGAUUGCAUACGGACAGAGUGACGAGUACAGCUUUGUGUUCAAGCGCAAGAGCAAUUGGUUUAAAAGAAGAGCCAGUAAGUUCAUGACUCACGUGGCCUCCCAGUUUGCCUCCAGCUAUGUGUUUUAUUGGCGGGAUUUCUUUGAAGACCAGCCUCUUCUGUAUCCUCCAGGCUUUGAUGGAAGAGUUGUGGUGUAUCCUAGCAACCAGAUUUUAAAGGACUACCUCAGUUGGCGGCAAGCAGACUGCCACAUCAACAAUCUCUACAACACAGUAUUCUGGGCACUUAUACAGCAGUCUGGACUGACUCCGGUACAAGCCCAGGAGCGAUUGCAGGGGACUCUUGCGGCAGACAAAAAUGAGAUUCUGUUUUCUGAAUUCAACAUCAACUAUAACAAUGAGCCGCUGAUGUAUAGGAAAGGAACGGUGUUGAUAUGGCAGAAGGUAGAUGAAGUCAUGACAAAAGAAAUCAAACUGCCGGCAGAAAUGGAAGGGACAAGGAUGGCUGUGACCCGAACACGGACGAGGCCAGUGCCCUUGCACUGUGACAUCAUCGGGGAUGCCUUCUGGAAAGAGCACCCAGAGAUUCUGGAUGAAGACAGCUGACACUUUACUUUCCAGCCCUGGAGAUAGUGUAACAUGGCAAUUCCUUGCAGGUCUCCUGGGGCCGGGGGAGCCACCUCUACCACCCAUGACUGGUUGUGGCAGUGAUGCAGCCCUUCGGGAGAGGGGGUGGGAAGGAU